AUGAGCAUAUCUCAAGCCCAAUCACUCACCCCCUUGUCAUCUGCCACAACGGAGAGUAUUGAGAAUUCUAGCCAUGCGAGGCGAGUCACUGCCAUGGGCACAACCACUUCCGAAGAGGACAUUGGACAUCAUUGUGACGCAAGCGAGGCUUUUUAUGGAUCUUCUUCGGCUGCAUCAUUCUUAAAAGAGACUUGCGGAACUACAAUACCCCCCUCAAACCACCAGGCUAAUUCACAAACAUUUGCUUCACUGCCUUUGUCCCUUUACAGCGAUGCAAAUAAGUUUACUCUUCCUCCAAGGCGCCUUGCAGAUCACCUCGUGGAAAGAUACUUCCAGCGCAUUUACUGGCUUUACCCCAUAUUCGAUAAGCAUGCUUUUGAGCAUGCCUACAACUCGCUUUGGUUACCGAGUGGACCGACUUCAACUUUAAACGAACAUCGAAACCUAGGCCUAGGGGAAGAUGCUAGUACUGUUGCCUUCUUCUCUUCUCUUAAUGCCAUAUUUGCGUUGGGCUGUAUCUUCUCGGAUCUUUCCAUUGCGGCCAGGGCGACAUCUUAUGAAGUCUUUUUCAGCCGAGCUAAAGAUAAAGUAAACCUUGAGCUUCUGGACAUAAAUGAUUUGAGCGUUGUUCAAACCCUCCUUCUAGUUGCUCUCGUCCUACAAGGCACUUCAUUUCCAGAUCGCUGUUGGAAUACGACAGGAUUGGCUUGUCGCGUGGCACAGGGUUUGGGCCUGCACAGUUUGCCGCCCUACAGUCGGCAAGAAUCGCGAAUACAGCGCAUCAGACGGCGUACAUGGCACGGCUGUAUCGUGCUAGAUACGCUGGUGAGCAUGACCUUUGGUCGGCCAACAAUGAUUAGUAACAUCUCUACCCUCGUUCUACCAGAAAGGGUAAUCUGGGAUUUUGAAACUGGUGGGGACAUGGAACAAAUUAAACUACAGUUCCAGAUAGAGACCGUUCGUCUCGGCAUCAUUCUAGAUAGCCUUUUGUCAAAAGUGUACAAACCCUGGCAAGGCAAGCUACACCCUGACGACCAAGGGAUUCGUUCUCACAGAGCUAUUAACAACCAGAGCAUGGACGUCUUUGCUGAACUCCAAGAGAGGCUUCGGGACUUUGAGCUUAGCCUCCCAACUUUUCUCUCGUGGAAUGAACCUCUAGCUAUAGAGACAAUAGCGCCGCAUGAGGCUACGAUCCUCGCCACUCAAAGAAAUGUAUUGCAGGCACGGUAA